AUGGCUGUGCAGGAGCUGGGCAUUAGCCUGUCCAUGUUCGGCGUUGCCGGGACCAUCCUGAUCUGCGCCCUGCCCAUGUGGAAGGUGACGGCGUUCAUCGGCACCCAGCUGGUGGUCAUGCAGGUGUUCUGGGAGGGCCUGUGGAUGACCUGCGUAAGCGAGUACACCGGCCAGAUGCAGUGCAAGCUCUACGACGCCCUGCUGGACCUGUCACCGGACCUGCAGGCGGCCCGCGGCCUCAUCUGCAUCGGCCUGGUGCUGGGGUGCCUGGGCUUCCUGGUCUUCCUCCUGGGGGCGCGCUGCACCAACUGCCUGGGCCACCCAACGCUCAAGGCGCGGCUGGUGCUGGGCUCCGGGGCCGUCUUCUGCCUGGCGGCACUCGUCACUGUGGUCGCCGUCUCCUGGACGGCCAACUCUGUCAUCAGGGACUUCCACAACCCGCGCGUCCCCGAGGUGCUCAAGAGGGAGCUUGGGGCGGCCAUAUACAUCGGCUUUGUCGUGUCCGGGUUGCUGUUCUGCGGGGGGGCCAUACUGUGCACCAGCUGCCCGACACAGAGGGCCGGGUUCCCCUCCGGCGGGUACACGCUGGCCAAGACCCGCAGCAGCAGCUACGCCAUCAAGAACUACGUGUGA